AUGGCGCCGCCAAUAAUACAUGGAGAACCGAAAAUUGUACAAGACACUAAAACAAACACUGUUCGUUUACAAGUGGUCGUAUCCGGUAUUUUACCCGAGAAGACAAAGUGGCUUUUGGGUGAAAAAGAAAUUGAGCCAACCGAAACAUACGUUUUUUCACAGCAUGAUGAAGGUGGCAAGAGAACUUUGUUAAAAUGUGAAAUUAAGAAUUUCGAUAAGGAACUUGCGGGCUCAUACAAGGUGAAAUUCUACAGCAACGAUGGUGAAAAUAGUGCUACGUUUACUGUAAGAGCCGGAAAUGCACCAGAAUUUCACGAUAAGCCCCAUAUAGUACAGCGUGACGGCGGUAAUAUUAUUGUGAUUAAGGUCCGAGCAAAAUCACAUCUGGAAAUGACAGCUGAAUGGUUCAAGGAUGAUAAGCCAUUGAAAGCGACCGAUCGAAUAAAAAUGGUGGCAAAAAAAGAUGACAAAGACAAAGAGGGCUUUCAGUUCUUACUGGAAAUACACGGUCCAGUAAAGGAAGAUCAGGCCAAGUGUCAACUGGCCAUACUGUUAUUCUUAUCACCGAAGCGUAUGCAUCAUCGCAGUAGUAAUGAUACUUCAAAGUUCGAUUUUCAAGAAAUAAUGUCUCCAGUUGUUUACUCUUUUUUCCCACCAUUGAUGUUACAUGUUCUCAGAAGUGUGUCACACCCUUCCCUGGCAAGUAAGAAGAUGUCGAAGAUAUCUCUUCCUGGCAGGAGCAGUAGACUGCAGUGCAAAUCAAAAUUGGUUGUGAAGGAAUGCAGGAAGGAGAUGGACUUUAGCACGAGUGACAGGAAUCAUACUUGUUCGGGGCAAGAAAAUUCGAAGUCUAAAGAAGAUGCUGCUAAAUCGUUUAAAGAAAGGAAGAGGCGGAAACGUAAAAUCAGCGUUAGUUCGGAUGAUAGUGCUGAUUCGAAUGUUUCGGAGGAUGAAUGGGAAGAAGUUGAUUGUGUUGACCAGGAACAUGAUGGUACGGUCGAAGUUACAAUUAGAGCUGCGAAACCUGUCGAAACAGAAGAAAGCAAAUGGGCGAGAUUUAUUAGACAGCAAGUCAAUCGUAAAAUUCGUGAUCGGCAAAUUAAUUGUCAUAAGAUUCAUCUUCUCUGUUACAUUGCACAUUUACGCAUGUGGACGCGCGCCUUAAUACGACAUGAGGCAUUAACAUCGCUGUGCCUGUCACUGAUACCGGAAGGUUAUAUAACUGCAGCGAAACAUGAAUUCGAUGUGGCAGUAGCCGAGAGAUUUAUGAAAUGGUUCCGAUCAACCUUCCAACUUAUUAAGGGGAAACACAUCUCGAAAAAUGGCUUUUGCGAUUUUCAAAUGAAAAGAUUAGAAGAUUUAAUUGGCGAACGUGGCUACGAAGAUGAUAAAGACUUGGCAUCGCUACUUUUCUUGUGUCUCUUGUCGUUGAAGCAAUGCUGCCGAUUGUGUCUUUCAUGUCAGCCUAUAAGACAGAAACUGACAAUGAAUAUGUUACGCUCUGAGCAUACUGAGAUCUUCGUUAAAGCGAAUAUCGAUAACGACGACAAUUCAGUGGUAUGGGAAAAGAAACUAUAUGAAGUAACGAAGAAGGUGGAAAUGAAAAUAGAUGCUUGCAGCGAAGAUAACAACAUAAAAAAGUGCGAGGAGACGAAAAAGCCAAAUAUAAAGAAAUUGAAAGGAAGCGGCAUGGACCCGUGGUGUGGAACUGUCGAUAUGCCUGAGAGCUUGGAAGUUAAUGCCACUGUACCUAUGCAUUAUGUUAUUAGCAUUGAUAAUAAUAUGGGUAUGCGCGACGUAACAGCACGAUAUGCUUCAAAAUUUCUAUCAGCUGAAACACGACGACUUCGAGUUGAUUCUUCAUGGUGGACUGAUACAUUAAAAAUAUAUCGGAGCAAGAAUCGGAAACGUGAACGCAUUGAAGAUGUUGCAAUGCAUAACGAACUCCUCUCAAAACCAAAACCAGCAACGGUUGCCGAAUACAAGAAUCAUCCACUAUAUGUACUGAAGAAAGAUAUUCUGAAAUAUGAAGCAAUUUAUCCGGAAGAUCAGGCUCCUAUUGGACAAAUUCGAGGUUUUGAUAUUUAUCCGCGAAGUUCUGUGUUUCACCUUGACGGUGCAUUGAAUUGGAUGAAACAUGCACGUAUGGUUAAGGCCGGUGAAAAGCCGUAUAAAAUCGUUAAGGGGAGAACGAAUCGUCGCAUAGUAUCGGAACUAAAAGAAUCACGAUCCUUGGAACUAUACGGAUACUGGCAGACUGAACCAUAUGUACCACCUAAGGAACGUAUACCACGAAAUGAGUUUGGUAAUUUAUAUGUUUACAAAAGCAGUAUGAUACCAGAAGGUUGUGUUCAUCUACGGCUAAAUGGACUUCCCGCUAUUUCUCGGCAGCUCGAUAUUGAUUGCGUGCCUGCAGUGAUCGGAUGGGAAUUUCAUAAAGGGGGGAAUCACCCUAUUCUAGACGGUUGCAUCGUUUUGAAACAACAUGAAGAAUUGCUGCGUGAGGCAUGGAAAGAAAUUCACGAAAAAAAGCAACUUGCUAUUGAGAAGAGACGAAAGGAGAGAGCUUUGAAAAAUUGGAGACGUUUGAUAAAGGGAAUGCUAACAUUGAAGAAAGUUCGAGCUAAAUUUCUGGUCACAGAUUGUCGGAGCAUGUGCGUUGAUGAAAAAUUAGAAAACAGAGAAAGUGAAACGCUUGCUACGGAUGACAUUGCUCUAUCUUGGCCGCGAACAAUUUUCGAUUUACCUGGCGAUAAUGGUUCUAGUUAUCACUGA